CCACAGUCGCCCGCCCGCGUGCCCUGUAGUUUGCGUACGUGAAAUUUUGUACAAGUCCGAAUCGUCCACGACGCACGCGCACGCACGCACGUCGCGUCGUAGCGGUCCCGUCCGUGCGACUUUUUUUUUUCCGUUUUCCCCCUUUCUCGCUUGCGCUACAGUGUUUGGCGUGUGCUAGUUCGCUGCUGCACGGACUGGCGGUGUUGUUUCGUCGUCGUGUGAUUUUCCGUCGUCGCUGGCGACUUCGGUAUUCUCCACGGAAUCGUAUUAUGCGACAAAAACCGACGGGAUCGCAGCGCACAUCACCGUCAACAGUAUAGCAUCACCGCCGCCGACUUUUGACGCUCCGAACUUUUCGCCGCCGAGUCCACGCCGCCGCCGCUCAUCCGAGAUCGUGAUUUUUAUUUUAUUUAUUUUGAUUUUUCCUGUCAUUUUUACACACAAAACACUAUUGCUCGUACGUUUUCGUACGCACCGUUCAACAUUCAACCGUGUACUUUUUUGUUUGCACGGUACUAUAGUUGCAACAAUCUCUUUGCCGUUCGUUAUUCACCGUCACCGGAUUGCUCAGUCAUCAUUAUCUCGUCGUCCGUUUUGAAGCGGUUUAGCGAAUAUCGUUCGCCACUACUACCGUCACUACCACACGCCGCUUUCAAUACGUAGUCAGCAGCUGAACACCCGACCACAACGUUUAUCGGAUAAUUGAAGCCUCGCACACCUCGUUUAUUCCACGUGAACAUCAAAAAUGGCCGAAGAUCGAGAAUCCAGUGAUCGAAAACAUGAGAAGUCAAAAAAGCGUGAUAGGACAAUUGUCUCAAUUUUCUUAUGAGUGAUUCAUGACUACCCAGUUGUACACCGAUCAAGUUGAAUAGGUGUACAUGAGGUUUUUAUAUAAAUCAAAGGAACAUGAAAAAAAUGGCGUUAGCAAGAAAGAAAUUAAAAGAGAAUACAAAGAUGAGCCCUAUGAUUCUGGUUAUCAUUCCCAAAUCAAGAGGGAUUACAAAUUAAAUCACAGUAUUAAAGAAGAAAACUAUUCUGAUGAUGAUUAUUUGUCUAGCAACAAGAGGAAACAAAGUGAUGAUGAUUAUUCUGUCAAGGAUGAAAAACUAUUAUCUGAUGAUGAUAUACCUUUAUCUAAUAGAAAACGUAAACAUUCUGCUAGUAGUGAAGAUGACGUUCCUCUGAGCGCCCGAACAAAGCAUAUUAAAAAAGAACACAACAGCAGUCAUAAAAAACACAAAAAAGAUAAAGAACAUAAGAGUAAGCACAGAGAAAAGGACAGAAAUCAUUCAUCUAAAGAUACUAAACAUAAAGAAAAAAAAGAAAAUAAUACAUCACAAAAAGAAUCACCCACUAAAAGUCCAACUAAAAAGAAAAAAGAAGAAGAACCGCAAGAAGUAUGGAAAUGGUGGGAAGAGGAAAAGAAAGACGAUGGUGUUAAAUGGAAGUUUUUGGAACAUAAAGGACCAGUUUUUGCUCCUGCAUAUGAACCUUUACCAAGCAAUGUUAAAUUUUAUUAUAAUGGUAAGGUAGUUGCUCUUUCAGAGCCUGCAGAAGAAGUAGCAACGUUUUAUGCGAAAAUGCUUGAACAUGAUUAUACAACUAAAGAAGUAUUUAACAAAAAUUUUCUUAAAGACUGGCGUAAAACAAUGACACAUAAAGAAAAAGAAUUAAUAACUGAUCUUUCAUUAUGUAAUUUUAAAGAGAUGAAUGUAUAUUUUACGAAGAAAUCAGAGGAACGUAAAGCUAUGAGUAAAGAAGAAAAAAAGAAAAUUAAAGAAGACAAUGAGGCUUUGCAAAAAGAAUAUGGGUUUUGUACCAUUGAUGGUCAUAAAGAAAAAAUUGGUAAUUUCAAGAUUGAACCACCAGGUUUAUUCAGAGGACGAGGUGAACAUCCUAAAAUGGGUAUGUUAAAAAAAAGAGUAAUGCCUGAAGAUGUUUUAAUUAAUUGUAGCAAAGAUUCUAAUAUACCAAAACCACCCCCGGGUCAUAAAUGGAAAGAGGUCAGACAUGAUCAUAGUGUUACAUGGCUUGCUAGUUGGAUAGAAAAUGUCCAAGGCCAAGUUAAAUAUGUCAUGUUAAAUCCAUCUUCUAAACUUAAAGGGGAAAAAGAUUGGCAAAAAUAUGAGACUGCUAGAAGAUUGGCAAAAUCUAUUGAUAAGAUUAGAGAAAAUUAUAUUAAUGAUUGGAAAUCUCGAGAAAUGCAUGUCAGACAAAGAUCAGUAGCUUUGUAUUUCAUUGAUAAAUUGGCAUUGAGAGCUGGAAAUGAAAAAGAUGAAGAUCAAGCUGAUACAGUAGGUUGUUGUUCUUUGCGUGUAGAACACAUCCAAUUACAUGAAGAAUUUAAUGACAAAGAAUAUGUAGUAGUAUUUGAUUUCCUUGGUAAAGAUUCCAUUAGGUAUUACAAUGAAGUACCUGUAGAAAAACGUGUUUUCAAAAACUUGAAGAUUUUCAUGGAAAAUAAAAAAGGUAAUGAUGAUUUAUUUGAUCGAUUAAAUACAUCAAUAUUGAAUCAACAUUUACAUGAACUUAUGGAUGGACUUACUGCUAAAGUUUUUCGUACGUUCAAUGCUUCAUGGACACUUCAACAACAAUUAGAAAAAUUAACUGAUCCAAAUGUAUCUGUAGCUGAGAAAAUUUUGCAGUACAAUCGUGCAAAUCGUGCAGUAGCUAUUUUGUGUAAUCAUCAACGUGCUGUUCCGAAAACUCAUGAAAAGUCUAUGGGAAAUUUAAAAGAAAAAAUUCAAAAUAAAAGAGCACAGGUUAAAGAAGCUAAAGAGCAAUAUAAACAAGCUAAACGAGAUGUGAAAGAUGGCAGUGUGCAUUCCAAGACACAAUUAGAAAAAAGGAAGAAAGCUUUGGAACGAUUAAAAGAACAAUUGACUAAGUUGGAAGUGCAAGAAACUGACAAGGAAGAAAACAAGACAAUUGCUUUGGGUACGUCCAAAUUAAACUAUUUGGAUCCCCGUAUAUCAGUGGCCUGGUGUAAAAAAUUUGAUGUUCCUAUUGAGAAAAUAUACAAUAAAACACAAAGGGAUAAAUUCAGAUGGGCUAUUGACAUGGCUGGACCAGACUAUGUAUUUUAAUUUUGGAUGAAAUGGAACAACCUGAGUAGAUAGUCACAAUUUAAAAUCAAUUUUACUUUGAUUUUCCUAAUAACAUAAUUUCUUUGAUGAAAUAUGUUCUAAAAUAGUUUUUGGUUUAGGCUAAUUUACAUUUUUAGAAUUGUUGUCAUUGUAAAUUGGUUUUCGGAUAAAUGAAUGUUUAAUGUUUCUUUAAAGCCCCUUUUUAUUGUAUGAUUUAUUACAAUUAUUCAACGACCUUUUUUUUUUAUUAUAGUAUCCAUUUAGUUAUAAAAUACUAAACCUUAUAUUUUUAAAUUUUUUUUUUUUGUACCUUAUACUUCUGAUUGUAAAUUGUGAUAAUCCUCUUGUAAUUUGAUAAAUAGUGUUUUGUGUAAAAUAGAAAACAAAUUGAAACAUAUUUUGAUAUACU